UUAAUUGAUUCAUUUAAACAAAGAUACACAUACUGCAUUCCUCUAAGAACAUUAAAAUCAUUAAUCACGUAACAUGAACCAGCAACACUAAACUAAAUAGUAACUAAGGUAACAGAGAAGUUGCGCAAAUAUUUCCAUCUCGGCAAAAUGAGUGAUUCGGAAAGGUAUCUUUCAUGCUCCAAGCAGAUAGCAGAUAAUAUGCCAAAAAAUAACAUUUUAGAAAGAUAAAUUGCUCCAGUUGUAGGUAUUUAUUCUGUAAGAUAAAUUGCUCCAGUUGUAGGUAUUUAUUCUGUACACAUACCUUCUACUGAUCUAAUGAGUAAAAUAUGCAGCUGAAGUUUCCAUACAGAAAUGCAGAGAAAGCUAAAGGGCAAGUUUCAUUACUGAGGGGUACAAGGUUGAUGUUACUCAGCUGUCACAGAUGCUAGAUUCUAUGUUUCCCCAUAUAAGGAGCCCCUCACAGGGCAUUCCUUAUCAACCUGAGAAGACCAAAAGGAUAUCAACAGGCUUAAGCUCACACGGAGAACAAGACUGGUAUUCGUCUUGUCAGUAGGGAAAUACUCAAUACACAGUUUCAACGUGCAACAGCAAAGAGGAAGGAAGCGACUGCAGAACAACAGAAGAUGUAUCACCAACAUCAGGGCCCUAGUGAGCUCUUCACUACUAGGACAACCUUUCCUAUGGAGAGGCAUCUGUUUCUGCACGGAGGAAGUACGCAAGGAGAUUCCGGGCUAGUUCUCUCAACCGAUGCAAAACCAAGGCUCAAAUGGACACCCGAGUUACAUCAGCGAUUUGUAGAUGCGGUCAAUCAAUUGGGUGGAGCAGAGAGUUAGUAUACAUCUAUAUGAUUCUUAUCUACUCAUUGUACAGAAGUCCGCUGAAUUCUUACACUCAUGUUUAUCACGCAGAAGCUACUCCAAAAACAGUCAUGAGGCUUAUGGGCAUUCCAGGACUCACCUUGUAUCAUCUGAAAAGCCACCUCCAGAAAUACAGGCUCAGUAAGAACCUCCAAGCUCAAGUUAACGUCGGGACAAACAAGAACACCAUAGGAUGUGCAAUUGCAGCUGAUGGCAUGCCCGGAACAAGUGUGCCAGCGAUGAUCAAUACAAAUGUCAUUCCACAGCCAGAGAAAACUAUGCAAAUUGGUGAAGCCCUACAGAUGCAAAUCGAGGUGCAGAGACAAUUAAACGAACAACUCGAGGUACAACGGCAUCUGCAACUACGGAUAGAAGCCCAAGGGAAGUAUCUGCAGGCAGUUCUAGAGCAGGCACAAGAGAGCCUUGGAAAACAGAAUUCGGGUCCUGCAAACCUGGAAGAUGCAAAGAUGAAAAUAUCAGAACUAGUCUCACAAGUAUCAAAUGAAUGUUUCGGCAGUGCAGUUACAGAGAUAAAAGAAAGUUCAAGUAUGCACAGACUAGAGCCAAGGCAAAUCCAGUUCAUGGAAAGUUCAACCAAUAACUGUUUGACUGCAGCCGGAGGAUUCAUCAAUGAGCAUAGACUACACAGCCAUGGAAUGCUCAAAGCAUAUGAUGAUAGUUCAAUAUUUUGCAGAAAGCACUCUCCUGACCAUGAGUAUCAGUUUUCCCUUAAUAGAAGCCUAAGCGAGCGUAAGAUGGGUCAUUUGCACAAUGUGAAUGAGUACCACAAAGCAGAGUUUGGAAGUGAAAGUGACAUGGAGAUUCAACAGGAAUAUACUACACCUCAAAAGAAUGGCAGAGGCAGCACCGCCAGUUCGGCCUCAGGAAGCAAAGAAAGAGAUGCAGACAGACUAUAUCUUGAAGAACCAAACUGCAAGAGACAAGCGGUUGAACAUUCAGGUUUUGAGCAUCCAAGUUCUGGGAAGAAACUUGAUCUGAACACUCAAAACACUGACGAUGGUGAUCAAGGGUAUAGGCAUUUUGAUUUAAAUGGCUUCAGCUGGAGCUGAAUUGUUAAUGAUAUGCAAUAUGAUUGAAGAGAAGAAAUGAUCAUACAAAUAAUUUUUCCUGGCAUUUUCAACACCAUUAUUUGGUGAUUAAACUGCGUAGGUGAAGAAAAAAAUACUAGUACACCAGAGUUCAACCAUUGAGUAUAGAAACUGAGAUGUUAUGGCUCAGCAGUUUAAAUCUC